UCCAAAAGCCCACAAACUUCAGGCCUAAGCCCAUCGUCAUUAUCGUCUUCCCACCUCUUCCUCCAGCAUCGAUUUUCUAGUUCUCAGUUCUCACAAUCACCAGAUGUUUUUUGGUUUACGCGCGCUACCUUUCUGACAAAGGCUAUAGAAGAAGUUAUUAUGGCUUUGUAGAUGGAAGCCAGUUCCGAACCCAAGACGGCCAGUGAAAUGGCCGACCUUGAUGCCUUUACUGCUCUCAAACAGUCCGCUGCUAUCGAACACAAGGAAAAGGGUAAUGAGUAUGUGAAGAUGGGGAAAAAACAUUACUCUGAUGCUAUUGAUUGCUACACCAAGGCAAUCAAUCAACAGGCUUUGAGUGAUUCUGAGCAAUCUAUUAUUUUUUCGAAUCGAGCCCAUACUAAUCUACUGUUGGGAAAUAAUAGACGAGCACUACAGGAUGCUGAGGAGGCCAUUAAACUUUGCCAAACAAACAUUAAGGCAUUAUACAGAGCAGCCAAAGCAUCAUUCUCUCUUGGUCUGCUAGUUGAAGCUACAUCAUACUGUAAACAGGGCCUUGAGCAGUCCUCUUCCAAUGAAGACUUCAAGAAACUUGUCAAACAAAUUGAUGUUCGCAUGGCUGAACAAGAACGCCAAAAAGCUGAAGUUUCUAAAGUUAUUGCAUAUUCUAAGUGUCUUAUAGCGGCCUUUGACGAUAGGAAGUUAAGGAUUGGGAAGGAAAUCUAUCAAGAACUCACAAGGUUAAAAAGGCCAAUGCUAGACAAAAACAAUAUUCUUCACUGGCCUGUUGUAGUUCUAUAUCCAGAGGUUAUGUCUAGUGAUCUCAUCCAGGAUUUUUGUGAGGUAGACAGGUUUUCAGCGCAUCUUGACAUGAUGUUUUUAGAAGAUUGUCAACCUUUGACCUGGGAUGAAGGAAAUGCUUAUACCCGUGAUGCUCUUGAAGUAUAUUAUAAGGUAGGUUCUGAGAUUCCUUUACCAAAGAAAGAACUUCUUGGUUAUCUGCUCGAGGGAACUGCUGCUUCUAAUUUGGAAAAUGAGGGAGAGGGUGAUAUUGACACUUCUCUUGAUUCAACUAGUUUAUCUACUUCAAUUGGCAAUGACUCCAACUGGGUGAAAGUUGAUGAGAGGAAGACACUCCAUGAUGUGUUGAAGGAGCCAAAUCAUGUAAUUCCUGGAAUUCCAGUGUUUUUUAUAGUUUCAAGGAAGUCCAGCUUCUAUAGUACCUUCAAAUCUGGGACUUGGUCUUACCAACAGGUUGUAUGACCAGGGAUGUUAUUGUUAUUCCCAAUGGGUAGAGUUUCAAAGUUCCAUCAUGAUCCUAACGCAUGGGCAGAUAGUUUAAACCCUUGCUCUUCUCUGUACGAUAUAUGUAUACUAAUUGAGAUUGCUGUGCUAGGUUGAACUAUUUAAUUACACAAGGGAUAUGGCCAUACAGGAAAGUGCUAUCAGUUUUCUUCCUCCAAAUUUACUUAUACAGAGAUUUGAUUCUAGAUUUUAGAAAACUAGGAGCUUGUUUGGUAACACUAAUAUUGGUCAAAUAUGAUAAAAUUGCUGAAAUUUUAGCCGGAAUAGUUGAAUUAACUGAAGGUAUUGAAUUUUAAGAAUUGUAUUGAUAAAA